AUGGAGAAGCAGCUGUUUGCGGCGGUGGACAUAGUGUCAACGGUCGGGGAGUUCGUGGACGACAAUCAGUACCUCUUCUUUGCCUCGGUUUCCCGAGGAUGGAGGGAUGUCUGGGGCAAGCGUCCGACGGUUACAAAGGCCCUGACGGCCGACACGUCGGUGUCGCAGCUCUCCCUCAGCUUCGAGUGCGGCCUGAGGCGGACAGCCGCGGUCUGCGAAACCGUCGCGGGGCUCGGCAGACUGGAUCUCCUGCGGAGGGCGAGGGCCAUGGGGUGCCCGUGGAACGAGAACACGUGCUACGUUGCUGCGAAGGCGGGACACCUCCAUGUCCUCGUUUGGGCCCGCCAGAACGGGUGCCGUUGGGGGCGCAACACUGCCAUGGGCGCGGCGCGCACUUCCGUCGAGGCUGCGGAAGGAGGCCAUGUUCACGUGCUCCAGUGGCUGAGGGGCAAUGGCUGCGCUCUGGGCCCGAGCACCUGUGCCGGGGCUGCAAGAGGCGGCCAUCUUCGUGCCCUUCAAUGGCUUCGAGAAAAGAGGUGCGACUGGAACUCCGACACCUGCAUGGCAGCCGCUUCCGGAGGUCAUUUGGGAGUUCUUCAAUGGGCGAGGCUAAACGGAUGCGUUUGGGACACGUCCACUUGCUGGGCAGCCGCGCAGCAAGGGCACCUGGAGGUGCUUCGCUGGGCCAGGGCUAACGGGUGUGGAUGGGGUCCUUCCACCUGCUGGGGAGCCGCGAAGGAGGGUCACCUAGGUAUCCUCCAGUGGGCGAGAUCGAACGGCUGCGUGUGGACAUCGGGCACGUGCUGGGGGGCUGCGAGGGGAGGCCAUUUGCACGUCCUUCAGUGGGCCCGCGCUCAAGGCUGUGCUUGGAACGCUACAACCUGCUGCGGCGCUGCCAAAGAGGGCCAUCUUCAUGUCCUGAUAUGGGCGAGGCAGAAUGGUUGCCCGUGGGAUUUCAGGACCAUCACGUACGCCGAAAAGGGUGGUCACGACCAUGUGGUUAGGUGGGCGAGGGCGCACGGACUGUGACCCCCCCCCCACCCCCCGUGGCAAUGCUCGAGAGCAACCGAAAAUGAUUUCCAUUUUCUCAGGACUCGGGGGUUAAAUCACAAAAAUCAUCACCGCGUGGUUGGGUGGACCCGGGCGCCUGGGCGAUAACUUCCUCCCUCGUGGUCUUGUUCGAGACUACCCCAACGAUUAUGGAAUGUAACAGUUUUUUUCAGGGUUCCACAGAUCAACGAACAACCCAGACGUACGUGCGUUUGUGGACGAUAUUUGGGAUUGUGUAUGCAAGGGUUCAAUCUAUAUAGGAGUCCAGCUGUGAACAGACUGUUUUUUAGGUGCUAGAAAUGGGCUGCGUGUGUCGUUAUUAUAGGAGAUCCAGUGGGGGGGGGUACCAGGACGUUUGUUCUGUCAUUAUUCAGCUUGUAGAUAUUGUCGUUUUCGUGCCGAGUGAAGUUUGGCUGCAAUGUACUUAUUUGAACACGCUGGCCUGUAUAUAUGGAAGAAGUUAUUGUUGACAGUUGUCGUUGAAUUUAUUCGAGUUCGGAUUGAGGCUACACUAAAGCGUUUCGCUCGUGCACGUCGGCAAUGCUUGGUCAAAUAAGCCCCUGUUUCUGGGCGCCCCCCCUGCGGGAAGUAUCCGGGGCAUAUCUUGUAUAUACAAAGUACGUAUCGCAAUCGUGUCUGUCUUUCUUUUUGCUUCGCUAGUGGACACCUGCUAUAAUUGUAUACGCGAUUGAUUGGCGUUGGUCGGGUGUGCCCUACAGUAUCUCAUGCCUAUCCCGCCGUUUGUGAGGCGGUGGUAGUCUCCGUUUUUUUAUGCUACAGGCUUCAUGAUUUUCCUUGGGCUAUGUGUGCCGUGUGGAGUUCAUGACAGGCCCCAACCUCUCGUGACAGGGGGGGGGGGGGGGGAGGUAGGAAAGACACCGGAGGUAGCUGCUUGCAUGCUAAGGUUGCUCGCAGGUUCGGUGCUGCUGCUGUUAAAAAAAUUGUGCGUGAAGCCCGCCCCGAUGGUAAAUCUCCGACAUAGAAGUCUGGCAGGCUCAUUGCAGUUUUGCACGCUGGCCCUCUCCUAUGAUAUCUUUUUGUGAGAACGUAAAACGAGGCGUUGUGUGGUGCGUAGCGUUCGAGCUGUUGCUAGUGUAGACGAGAGUGUGACUGGUGUGGGUCGGUGUUUUGGGUUCAAAGAUUAGUGUCGCGGGGCGUACGUACUUACUUUGUGGAUUGGAUUUUUGUCUUUUUUCCCAAUCCCCGACACCGACCGGUGAAUUGUAGAGUACUAAGAAAGGUCGCCCACCAAUC